UGGCCAAUUUUGAUGUGCGUAGUCAUAAAAGCCAGUUUCCGACUUCUAAUGCCAGAGUAAUUAAAGCACAUGCGAACACCUUUUUGCUGGCUAGAGGAAUUCGGUUUGUUUUGGCCACGUUCAGUUGCUUCCCAACAGUUGAGCAGUUUACACCGAAUAAUGUUUUCGCGACUGUUUCGUAAUUUCAAGAGCACCGUUCGCAAUGAACAAAAGGAGCUGAGCAUUUCGCCGGUUCACGAUGUGAAUGUUACCAAAGCCACGGCCACCUUCGGCAUGGGCUGCUUCUGGGGCGCAGAAUCCCUGUAUGGAGCCACCCGUGGGGUGCUGCGGACCACCGUGGGAUACGCCGGCGGCAGCUCGGAAUUGCCAACGGGCGAUCACACGGAGGUGCUGGAAAUCGACUACGAUCCCACGGUCAUUAGCUUCAAGGAGCUGCUGGAGCUGUUCUGGAACAAUCACGAGUACGGACUGACUACGCCCAUCAAGCGGCAGUACGCCUCCUUGAUUCUGUUCCACGACGAGGAGCAGAAGCAGGUGGCUCACGCCUCCAAACUGGAGGAGCAAGAGCGCCGAGCCCCGGAGGUCAUUACCACUGAGAUUGCCUCCAAGGAGAACUUUUACCCAGCCGAGGCGUACCACCAGAAGUACAGAUUGCAGGGCCACAAGGACCUCGCCUCCUCGCUCAAUCUCAACCCCAAGCUGCUGCAGACCAGCUACGUCGCCACCAAGCUGAACGGCUAUCUGGCCGGAGUCGGCGGCAUCGAGCAGUUUAAGGCGGAGGCGGAGACCAUGGGUCUAACGCCCACCCAGCGGCAGUACUGCUACUACCACGUGGAGCAGAACGAGGGCCAGGGUCUCUACUGCUGACAUGGUCGAAUCUGCAUAGACGUUAAGCGUAGAUCAUACACCUAGGGGGGUAAUUUUAUGGAUAAUUUGCUUGUUCAAGACAUAUUGUGUAUUAUUUAGACUUAGAAACGCAUGAAAUAUAUAUGAAACGCAUAUAUUUUGUUAAUAUAAUAAAAAUAUCUCAAACCAAA